AUGCCCCAGAUAUGCCUCAUACACGUCCCAUACAUUGCUUGUUCAAUAGCCAGAUACUUCUUGUACAUUGCCCGUACUCGAGUCAGACAUCAUCACCAUCACUCCGCCCAGCGCUCUGUCCGCUGCUCUGCCUCCAGCUCGUCUCCUAGUGCGGCCGUGCCACUGAGCUCCCUUGCCCGGGCCGCACGGGGUCCGUGCCUUUGCGUCCCUCUCGCACGCCCGCGGCCCCUGUCGCCAACUCCCUCGCCACAGCGCCGGCUGCUGCCCCGCGCCCCUCUCGCACGGUCUGAGCUGCGCCCGCCCAGCUGGGCUACUCCUCCUCGGGUGCUCCUGCACUACUCCGAGCCGGCUGUGUCGCCCCUGGUGCCGGCUCUGCCUAGCCUCGUCCGGCUCCUGCACUCCACCACGCCCGCGGGCCGCGCUCCUGGCCGCCUGCAACACCGUCGCCGCCUAGCGCCUCCCUGCGUCGCGCGGGGGCUGCCUGCUUGCGUCGCGCGCCUCCUCAGCAUCGCCCGAGCUGCUGCCGGCCGCGUCCGCCUCGUCUCCGCCGGCGUCCACUCGCGCCCCGAGCUCGGCCUCCCAUCGCCGGUGCCGCUUGGCCCCGCUUCCGGCCUCUCCGCGCCGGCUCCUCCCCGCCGGGUGCUCCGCGCCGGGUCCUCUGCGCCGGCUCCGGCUUCCCGCACCCGGCCGGCCACCUCCCGCGCGGCGGCUUCCCCCUUAUCCCGGACUCUUCCGUCUGCGUCAAGGCCGACUCCCGUGCACCUCUGCAUCACACCGAAGACCGCGCGCGCCUCUCCAUCGCCGCGUCUGAGGCCCCCAUUUUGCUCCGCGCCUGACCGCUCCUCCACCGCCUGUCGCCGGCUGCUGCGCGCACGCCGGCGGCACCCGGACGCCCCGCUCCCUCCGCGCGCUCACGUCGCCGCGAGCCGACUGCUCCGCGUCCGUGCAUCCGCGCUGCCGCGUCUCGCCCGCCGGCUGGAAGCUCCAGCCGGCUGCGCCUCGUUGGCCGCAGGCCCGCGCCGCUUCACCGGCUCGCCGCCCGCGCGCAUCCCGACGCCAGUUGUUGCGGCGUCCCCUGCUGCCGGCUCCCGCGCACCACGCCGGGUACAGUGGCGUCCCCAGCUACCGGCUCCCGCGGUCUCUCCUACCGGCUUGCCGUUCCAGGCAGCCGCAACCGCGCGCGCCGGCUGGCCUGCCGCCCCACUCGCCCGUUCCGGCCGACUUCCCAAAAGAAAAAAGUAA